AUGUCGCCUAGAAGUCCACAGGUUCAAAGGACAGUACCAGGUAGAAGGCUAUGCUAUGCUUUCGCUUUCCACAAGCGAAAGCAGGGCUGUUUGGUCUACAAGUGCAUCUCCUGUUGCAGGGCAAGACGGCAUGUUCAGAUAGAUGUUAUCGGCAACGAUUUCCUGGAGGAUCCCUGCGCCCUUCCUCACAACUGCCUGCCAAAAAAAGCUAAGAAAAAUUUUGUUGAACGAUUCAUGUAUAAAAAAUUACAAGAAAUCAGAAACGAUCCCAAUUUUGCAGAUGCGGUUAUACGGAAGGUGUGGCAAGAUGUUCUCGACGCUUUCCCACAGAUGCCUGAUUUUAGUCUAGAAGAAGUGCGCGAGAUAAUGGACGAAUUCCACCAAGAAGGUUAUUCUAAGCGCAGAAGAACUAUAUUGAAGAGUGUCCAGAUGCACGACCGUCCGACGGCUUCUCUCGACGAUGUACCAGAAAAUCUGAGAACGCUGAAAGACGGGACAACAUUUCUCCAAUUCAGCUCUCCCGGACUGUACAUAUAUUACUCAAAAACGACCAUACAGAAAGCCGUCGAGAACGGGCUCACCGCCCUGGUAGCGGAUGGUGUGCAUAAACUACCACCCAAAGCACUUGGAGACGAUGGACAACUCUACACCGUGCAUGGAGUGUGUAACGGAGGGAUCGAUGUUCCCCUCGUGCAUGUAUUGACAAGAAGAAAGAACGAGUCAGUGUACGACAAAGUCUUCGGAAUGAUUAAGCAGGAGCUGACAGAACAACAUGUAGACUGCGGAAGAAUAAGGAUCAUAAUCGAUUUUGAGAGAGCCGCUUUAGUUGGAAUAAAAAACCACUUCCCGGAAGGCUGCGUAGAAGGGUGCAGCUUCCACCUGGCACAGGCGUGGAAUCGCAAGGCGCUGUCACUAGGACUGCGGGCGGAAAUGAAAGAACAUCUAGUGAGGGAUUGGUGGAUGACUCUCAAAGGCCUCAUUUUCCUCCCACCUCGUCUCCACCGUAGAGUACCAGCGCUACACGGGCCACCAGUACCACCAACGCAUCCAGCUUAUCGCAAAUGCAUGAGCUUCCUAGCUUACUUGCACGAAAACUGGUAUGCUGGGCCCUUCAAGAACAUCUGGUACAAGUGGGGGAAGUCGGAGCUCAGAACAAGCAAUGUAGCGGAAUCGUAUCACCGAGUUCUCCGCGUUCUGAUUCGAGAGCGUAACGCCCCUGUCCGGAAAACGCUGAAGUGCUUGCACGGAGCGGACAAUCGUGCCAUGUGCACCCUUCGAAACCUGGAGAGGGGUAUUGCUCGGAAACUUCGACGAAAGGACAUCCUAAGGAGAGAAAGAAUCGACAGAUGCAUGGAAGAACACCGCCCACACCUAGAACACCCUUCACCCGCAACUGAGUCUAUACUCGUGUUCAAUGCAUACUCACACUUGUUUUUAAUGCACCAAUCUCUCCGUACACUACCUAAUGGUCGACCUUUCGUUACCUAG